GUCAUCCAAGCCCUGACCGCGGCCAACUUGACUUCCCUCGCCGAUGCCGCCCAGUCUGUCGCUAAUACUACUGAAGGAGCGGCCCUUUUGGGGCAGUUGCAGGGGAGUAACAAGACUUUGCUCGCCCCCAACAACGAGGCCUUUGCCGCCGUACCCGCCGACGUCUCCUCCAACACCACCCUCCUAGCCAAUAUCCUCUCCCUCCAUAUCCUCAACGCCUCGGUCCCCCCCGCUGAUGUGGCCGAAGGACCGGCGCAUACGAUCGUCAGGAGCUUGUACAACAACAUGAUGCUCAACGGAAACCUCACUGUUCCUGUCGUCCUCUACCGAGGUAACGAAACUGCCGAAGGCAACUCUACCGGACCUGGGGUGAUCGUCCAGCAAGCCGGAGGGAACGUUAAUACCACGGCAAACGCUACCGCUGCCAACUUCCAGAUUUACAUUAUCGACGAGGUCCUCUCCCUCCCCCCCACCUUGGGUGAGGCCGCGGGGGAGUUGUUGCCCAGUCUCGCUGGUCUGGUUGAACAGGCCGGACUCUUGGAUCCCCUCGAGCAGGCUAUGGGGUUGACCGUCUUUGCCCCUUCGAACGACGCGAUCGCUGGGCUUGCUGAUACGCUCGCCACGCUGAACGCGACUCAGGUUCAGGGCGUCUUGGCCAACCACGUCAUCAACGGGACCACUGUCUUCUCCACCCAACUCUCCGAGUCCGGGCCCUUCAUCUCUGCCGGAGGACAAGAGUUCAUGUUCACGACCAACGACACGGGCGCGUACGUCAUGUCCGGAAACGCUUCGGCCAGGAUCAUCAUGUCGGACGUGGUCAUCCAGAACGGGGUCGUCCACGUCAUCGACGGCGUCCUCGUCAACGCCGCUUCUGACCCCCAGGCGGCAGAGUCUGCGGCUAGCAGUUAUGCGGAACAGGCUACGCAGACCACGUCGAUGCAGCCGACUGGCGGGGUUAUCGGAGGAUCG